AUGCUUUUGAAAUUGAAGUUGGUGGUUCUCAUAUCGUUCUUACUCCUGCUUCCAUUGUGUUCUUCAGGGUUUGAGCAGAACCAUGGAAUUGCUCAUACCGAGCAAUAUUCCAUAAACAAGGUUGAAGAGACUAUUGUGGGGAUCAUGGAUUAUCAGGAACCAGGCCCAAAUCCAAGACACGACCCGGAAAUACCUGGACAGCCUCCGAGACAGAAGAACUAG